AUGGUCCCCAACAAUGAACGAAUUCAACUGAUCCGGAUGUCACAACAGGCGGCUAUCCGGAAACCUGAGGAUGAUUGGACCGGGAUGCGACAGCAGACCCAAAGCACAGAGGACAAGGCACAGCUCCACAGCAACAAAGCCAUUGUUGUACCACCGAGCUCCACUCCUAUUCUGAUCGACCGAGAUGAAACGGGGUUCACAUGCACAAUCGCACCCCCCAUGCGAACUCAAUGA